ACUCCAUAAUAAUCGGGAUCGUCAUUCUUGAUUAUUUUAACCCUAAUUGUAUUUAUAAUACAUUAUUAUAAAGAAGCUUUUGGUAAUGGUUGUUGACCAGUGUUUUCUCCAGCCAAUUAUAUUUCUCCAAUUGUGCUUGUAACAAAACCCACACUCAACGGUGUGUGUGUGUGUGGGUCAUCACUAAUCAGUUAAUAAAGAAAGAAACAAAGUAUGGGGUUGAUAUCAAACAGAGUUGAGAAGAGUGAAAUUAAAGCUGGCGAUCAUAUCUAUACAUAUAGAGCUGUUUUUGCUUACUCUCACCAUGGUAUCUAUGUUGGAGGUAAUAAAGUGGUCCAUUUUACCCAUUUCACCCCUGAUCGGGAGACAAGUUCGAGCACUGGAGCCACUCUUGGUUCUAAUGAUGAAAUGUCCAAAAUGCCAUCCUCGUGUUCUACAUACCCAGACUGUGGUUUUAGACAGCCUAAAAGCGGAGUGGUACUCUCUUGUUUAGAUUGUUUUCUAAAAAAUGGGACUCUAUAUAAUUUUGAAUAUGGUGUAACCCCAACCGUGUUCCUUGCUAAAGUACGAGGGGGAACUUGCACCACCGCCAUGUCAGAUGGUUCUGACACAGUCAUCCAUCGAGCCAUGUACUUGCUUCAGAAUGGAUUUGGGAACUAUGAUGUGUUUCAACGCAACUGUGAGGAUUUUGCUUUGUACUGCAAGACUGGAAUAUUGACAAUUGAGAACUUGGGGAUUGGAACAAGUGGGCAAGCUUCUUCUCUUCUUGGCGCACCAUUGGCGGCUCUUCUCUCUUCCCCUUUUAAGUUUUUGAUCCCGAGCCCAGUUGGUGUUGCUACGGUCACAGCAGGAAUGUAUUGCAUGAGCAGAUAUGCUACUGAUAUUGGAGUCAGAACAGAUGUUGUUAAAGUAGCCGUGGAAGAUUUGGCUAUCAACCUUGGCUGGAUGGAUGGUCUAAAAGAAGCAUUUGAAGAAAACGAAGCUUCAAGCCAGACAAUUAAGAGUUCAACAACAAUUCCUUCUACCCGCUCUGCAAUCUCUAUUAACAAUGAUGCCAUAGUGGCUACUGGAAAUAUGGCAAUUAUUGGCACUAGUUGAGGUCUCUGUAUCGGCUUGCCUUUGCAAAUUGUCGAACUUUCGUUAUGUUCUGGCAGUCGGAGUGUUUGGGUCGACAAGUCUUUGAAGACGUUUUGAAAACUUUGAACUGCAAAGUUCAUCUCUUGUACCAAAACCUCUGUUUUGGUUGAUUUCGUCAUGGUUUUCAUUGUCAUUGCUAGUUCUUUUAAGACGUUUGAAGAACAUGAGCUUAGUUUCAUGCAGACUUCUUGCAGAUGCUUCUUUAUUGACUCUGGUGCCUGUAGAACAUAAAGUGGUACACUUAAAUUGUAUAAUGCUCUAGGUUUUGUUGGCCAUGAAUGCAAAGGGAUUUGUAGGGACAAUUUUUGUUCUUUAUUAUUGUAAACUUAAUAGUCAAAGCUAAACUCUAGAAAAAGAGUAGUAUUU